AAUAUCCUACCUCGGUCAGCACUCAACAUUGUGAUUCACAUAUGGAGACAAAUCUCGAGACGAUCCUGUAUACUGCUUGAACCUGCGUGAUCAUCAUGGGCGGCGCCACGACGCAACCUGGCUCAAAUCCUCCUAGUUUCCUCGCACGCGUCGAGACUGUCCGCCGCAAAGUGUUGGAAGAGCACCUUACUGCAAAGCUGUACUAUGUCAAGGCCACGACCCAAACUCCCGAGGGUGUCACCUUUCCCUCGAAAUUGACGGAAAUGGAAAUCAUGUUCCGCCUAGACGAUGGCAUCGCGACAGUCAAAUCAACUGGUCACGACGAUUUCGGGCCUAUCGAGAUUCGCCCUGGACCUAUCAUGGGCAAUGCAAAUCUCGUCUGGCCUAUCAGCUUGGAUAUCAGCGAGGCUGAUGCUCUGCUCAAACUGCAGGGACACACCGGGAGCUACGAUGCUGUGACCCUGCGGAAGCCCUUGUAUCCUGGGAUGAAUGAAAAUUAUUAUUUCUUUAGUAUGGUGGAAGGACCGGAUUUGUCUGUGGGAACUGAGAGCCGUGAGGUUUCAUAGUUCAUUUGCUUCACAAAAGGAGACAUCGCUGGAACUUUUGCCGGCUACCUAAUGACAGAGCAACGCCAACAAGCCUGAACCUCACAUGU